AAAUCCACCUUUCUGUUUUCCCCCCUUGUUUGUUUUUGUUUUUUGUUCUGGAGCUGGUCUCCCCUUUUUACUUUCUAAUACUCCUAUCUCGUUUUCACUUACACCAAAAACCUUCAACUGUCAAUUACACCAAAGCAUCUCAGUUGCCGGUCAGCUUGAGACGAGAUAGUUUUUUACACUGAUUUUUUUUACUUUGCAUGAUUUUUAACGCAUCACGACACCUUAAUUGAUACCCCCUAAUAACAGAAUUGUGGAUUUCACUUGCUCGCUGGCGAACAACACCAUUUUUACCAUUUUGCCUAAGAAUUACUAGACUAUCUACAACGAGCAUCUUCCUAGUCACAACAACUUAAUAACCCUAAUCAACAUGUCUUCCGUCCAACUUUCUUUCUCUCUUCGCGUCUCCUCUGGCGUCAAGACUGUCCACCUUCUCGGCUCUUGGGACAACUACGUCGGUCAGCUCCCCCUUGCCAAGGACAAGACCUCAAAGUCCGGCACAUGGAAGGGUACCUUCAAGUUCCAGAACUCCACCCUUGAGGCUGGAAAGCGAUACUGGUACUACUACAUCAUCGACGGCUACCACGUCGCUCACAACCCUUCCGUCGAGUCCACCACUGAGCCCACCACCGGCCGAGAGCUCAACAUCCUUGAUGUCACCAAGGAUGGUUCAGCCAAGUCUUCACACAAGUCAAGCAGCAAGAGCUCUUCCAAGGACAAGGAGAGCAGGUCUUCUCGCCACCGCUCUACCCUGACUGUCGACAUCCCCAAGGGCCGACCUCUCUCCAUCUCUCAGAUCAAGGCCCCCAAGCCCAUGUCCCCUCAUGCCACCAAGCACAUCCUCGAGUCCGACUACUACGACAACGAGGAGCUCGAGGAGCUCACUGCCCGCUUCGGCAGCGCCGGCCUCGAGGAUGUUCUCACCGACUUCAGCACAUCUCCCGUUUCAUCCAACGGCUCCAGCCUCUCCUACCGCUCCGACAGCUCCUCGCCCAGCUCCUCGCUCUCUGGCUACAGCACUCCCAACUCCGACUGCAGCUCAUGCACAUGCGAGCGCUAUGGAAUCACCCGCAAGGGCGAGCGUGUCAAGAUCGACUGUGGCGGUGCCCGAUGCGGCUACGACCAGGACAGCUCUUCCUGCGCCAGUGAUGCUAGCGACGAUGAGUACGAGUACGAGGUUAACCCCGCUGACGCCCGCCGCAACGGCAUCAUUGUUGGCUGAGAAACUCAAACUACACCUGGGGAUAAGAGAAAAUCGAAGAGAAGAUCGACCAAAGAGAAAAGGUCAACAUGUUGAUUCCUUACGACUGAAUGACUGCUGCAUAAUGAUCCUGCAACGUCUACUCAGCUCGGUAACACACAUUUAAUGUUGUUGUGUGGUAAUACAUAUACAAGCACACUCUUUUGCUUCUAUAUAGAUCUCCCCACCGCGUCCUCUGGGGCGGAUCGUACAGCAUACCAAGCAGGUCUUGGUGUGAUGGUGCUAUGAUCCCUCACCAUGGCGCGUGUGAUGACCAUUGGGUCGAUGCUGCGGCCCCUCGUUGGAGUGGUCCCUCCCACCUCCACGAGUAGCUUGUUCUAAUGAUUCUUGAGCACUUUUUUUUUGUCAAGAGCUUCGGAUAGGCGGUACCUGUCCCACCCAGGCUCUUGGCAUUCAGCCAAGACCGGAGUAUGAUUCAUCUCCCCUUUCCAU